CUUACUGAUGCUGUGGUGAGAAGCCGCCUAGCGGUGAAGACGUUAAAAUUUUGUUCAAAGUCGGAGGUAAGGCGUGCACUUUGGUGUGCUGAUUUGGGGGAAGGCCGUCUAGUAGCAGGAUCAGAGUAGAGCAGCUGUUUAUAUGACCAAUAAGUGAUCACGAGCGUGUAGUGAAUAUGGAUAUUGUAAAAUAAGAAGAAUUUCCUCUUGCUAUUCAAUCCAAGCUCUUUUUUUUUUCCUUCUGAUUUUGAGCAAAAUGCGUGCAAAGUUUAUGUUUGGCUAACAGAAAAUUUCAGUUAAAAAUGAACCGGAAAACUCUCGGAUAUAUCAGGAAUAAAUUAAUUACAACAAAAUUUAGAUUGUGAGUACAACUUGUAUAGUACACGCUAGCAGCAAAUCUCCGGUCUUCCCAGAAGGCCAGCACUACACGAACAUUCAGGCAUAUCAGAAACGCUGAGCUCUUCUGAGCAGAUGACGUAUUUAGGUUUAUGCUUCGCGGAGAAGAGGCUAACCCGGCACAGGAGACCGGGAGGCCAAGCGACUGCCAUGACAAACAAACAGGGCUGCAUGUAGCUGCUGACAUGCCUUCACACGAGGAGGUUUUCUACCCCUGACCUCUGAACCCUGCGGAACUGGUACAGCUUAGAUAAUUUUGUUCCAGUUCAACGCACAAGAAAUAUAAUUGCCUUUCCCAAGAACUAUCACUUAGUUACACCUUUCUUCGUAAUCUCUGAAAAAAGUUUCGAUUCUAAACCUCGUUGGACGUGUUAUCAACUUUUUUUAGAGGGGGAGGGGUGAUCAUCUUUCUAAAUAAUAGUAUUUCGAUGUCCGAGUAAUAGCACGUGCUUUUGUACUGCCCAUGAAUCCUUGUGUAGCCUUAGUUUGUCUGCGAAUGCCCAACUUAACUGGAUGACGGACAACACUGUGUAAGUGUCCUAUCUGGCCAGAACGGAAGCCAACAUUCAGCACACAUGAGCUCCUUUGCACAACCUCCCCGUCUACGAGAAAAGGUGAAGCACUUACUUUCUUCAAAGAUGCUUUGCUGCGGUCGUAGAAAGGAGACGGGGGAAGGUGACCUGGAGGCAGGAGAAGAUGGUUCUCGAAGAGCUGGCCCGUCACGCCAAAGAAUACCGGAAAUGGUGGUUCAAAGUGACUUCCGGAAGGUUAGUGGAAUAUCUACUGAAAUUUUCCGUCAGAUUGAAGCGGUUGAGAAUGAAUACGACGCCACAACAGCUGCCAAUAUUGAAGCUGUUGAGAAGCGAGGAGAGAUGAUUAUACGUGUUCUGGAUCCCCGGAAUCUGGGAAGGGUGGGUGCUGAGACCAGUAAGAAACAUCUCAGCGGCACUGAUUCCAACCACACCGUGCAGUUUGUGGAAAUCAUCAAACGCCCAGGCCAGACUCUAGGCCUGUAUAUUAGAGAAGGGGACGGCACUAGGUUGAACGAGGGCGUCUUCAUAUCAAGAAUUGCCUUAGAGAGUGCUGUGUACGAUAGCGGAAUUUUAAGAGUAGGGGACGAAAUCUUGGCUGUUAAUCUAGUAGACGUCAGACAGAUGAGUUUGGAUGAUGUUGUUAUCAUUAUGUCUAUUCCACGCAGAUUAGUGCUUACCAUUCGCUCUAAAAUUUCAGGCAGAGCAUCUAUACACGCGUCUCAUAGAGUGGUGGAAGAAAUCCGUCAACCUGUUGUAGUAUGGAAGAAAGAGGUUGAAGAGGAAGGUCCAGACGACAUUUCCACCAGCAAUAAUGAAGAUGGUCAGUUAUCCAGAGUUCGGAAUAAGGGCUUGUCAUCUGAAAUGUUAGGCAUAGAGCGGCCUAUGAGUGGUAGAGAGGGACUUCCUUCUGAAGAGCAUCUUCUUUUUUACAAUUCCCAACCUCGUGGAAUGCAUGUAUCCAGAACCUCAGGCGUUGAUAUUAAAGAUGAGGAGCGCCUCUGGAGCAGAGAAGCUGUUGAACAAGUGCCAGCGAAUGUUGUCAUUCGUCAGCCAAUGACGCAACAAGUUUUCCCUAAAACACUGGAAAACUUAGCUCAAAGAGUACAUACUUUUCACGCUGGACCAUCACUCACAGCUAGGAAGUCUCAGAUGUCCGCAUCGCACACUUUAUUGCCUUCGAGGCCAGAAAGAGGCACAACUGCCCGUCACCGCCUCUGGGAUGAGCACGGCUCUUUUUUAGCUAGUAAACCUACACGUCUACUUAGGACUGAGAGUGAACAGAAAAUUCCUACUGAAAGAGAAGAGUGGCUUGAGCGGUAUGCUUCAAGAGGAAUUCGUCCAGCUCUGAGAAUGGCGCGCACGAUGCAGCCUCGUGGUCGAGUCCGACGUUACGAAAGAGAUGUUCCGCCUCAUACAGGCAUUUUACGACGGCGAUCUGUGGUGGAAAGUUGUUCGGAUACUGAGGUACAGACCAACUCCAAAGACUCAAUGUUAUACAGACAAUACAGCCUAGGCCGCGCUGCUCCGAUUAGGGGAACAGCUGGCCAAGUCCGGAGCAAUUCACUGCCACGAGCCCGUGCUAUUGAGCUAGAACCCCGCCAACCCCGCCAGUCUGUCCGUUUCGUUAAGAAAACUCUGCCUUACGACUCUCAGGAGGACAGCGAUGGGGCCGUUUCUGCUCCAGAGCUUCCGUCGUUCCGGUCUGGCCGGCGAGGCGUAGGUCGCCGCGGUCCUUCCCCGAACGUCUUUACGGCAGCUGAGUACCGCGCUUGGAUGAGCCGAGCUCCCUCUACUUCAGCCAUCUAUGAACGGGUUCGACGUGGUCGGGGAAUGACACAAGUACAGCCGCUGCCUAGGAUCGCACAUAGUGCCGAAAGUCUGCUGGACUCCUUCCGUCAGGAAGAGCAGGCAGGUCUCCAUUCCUCGCAAGUUCAAGUAAGACAUUCCCUCUUGCGCCCUGGAUCUGAAGAUAUAGCCCAAACUUCCCGAUUUUUACAAUCACAAAAUUUAGAACAAGGUCGUCAGGUUCCGCAUCCCACCCCCAUAAAGCCAUCGGAGGAUAGGAUGCAUUUACUUACUCUUAACCCUCGAGAAUUCUUUAAGUACAAACCAGAGAAGGAUUCCGAAACAGUGCUCCAGACUAACAGUUUCACCGGACUGCUGUGGGUCCAUCUCCUAGCGGGUCGAGGGCUCAGACCAACCGGUCAUGCCGACCACUUCCGGGACUUGUACUGCGUCAUAGAAUGUGAUCACAUACAUAAAGCCAGAACCGUUGUGAGAACAGGAGACCACAGCUUUGACUGGGACGAAAUAUUUGAACUUGACCUUGUUGAAAAUAAUGAAAUAACGUUUCUUCUCUAUAGUUGGGACCCCAAUUCUCGACACAAGCUUUGCUAUAAGGGCACAGUUCACCUUCUAACGGUCCUACGAGAAUCCCCGGUUCAUAGUCUCGCCCUCAAGCUCGAGCCUCGUGGCACCCUCUACCUCAAAAUUCAUUACAAGGACCCUCGACAGUCCUUCCAAAGGCUCCCGGCACCAAGUUCUUCUGGAGUGUUUGGAGUUGACUUAGAAACGGUGGUGGCUAGAGAAAAUACUGGCUUUGGCAUCCCUUUAGUGGUAAAGAAAUGUCUAGAUGAAAUAGAGAAACGAGGGUUAGACAGCGUAGGAAUCUAUAGACUCUGUGGCUCAGCAGUCAGGAAAAAAAUAUUAAGAGAUGCAUUUGAACGAACUACUUGGAUGGUUGACUUGUCAAUAGAACAUGUUCCAGACAUUAACGUUAUUACUGGUGUCCUGAAAGAUUACCUGCGAGAACUCUCUGAACCGCUCUUCACCAAAGGUCUCUUUGAUAUGCUAGUGGACGGAUUGAGUGUCUGCCUUCCAGACGACCCUGAAGGAAACGCCAAACUCAUGUUCAGUAUACUUGAGUGUCUGCCUAAAGUUAAUAGAUGCACGGCCAUGGUUUUAAUGGAUCAUCUCAAGCUAGUAUCCAACCACAGUGAAAGAAACAAGAUGACAUCACAGAGCUUAGCCAUGUGCUUCGGGCCUGUCGUCAUGUGCCACACCGAAACUGGAGAUCCUGCUGUCGACCUCCGGAAAACUAUUGAUGUCUUCAGAUAUCUUAUAGAUAUCUGGCCCGCCAAAAAAGUCUCAGGUAAUGGGAGCAGCGACUCUAGUAACAAUGAACAAAAUGGGCACCCAGCCCAAGAUCCAGAGGAAGAGAAGAAGACAGUGGCAUGGUCUGUUGGUCAUCAAGUUCUUCCUAUAUCUACAUGUUAAUAACGGUUGUUUAAGAAGUGCCGCAGUUUGUUUCAUCCAUGGUUCCAAAGAAGCCAAAAAAAAAAAAGCUGCCUCAAGGAACAUAUAAAAUUUCUUUAAAAAAAAAGACACGUAAAAUUAUUUAAUCCAUAAGGUACGAAUGCAAGUAUAAUUAUGUUCUAAAGUUAUUUGUAUCUUUCACGUCUGUGGGUCCUUCUAUGAAAUUAUAAAUAUAAAAAUAAUUGUUACGUGAAUCUAACUCAACGUUACAUAGUAUGCUCAGCAGAUGCCGCUUUAGCCUUUCCGUUAAUGUAUCCAUCUGUCGGCAGAGUUUGUUCCUAGUUCAACCUCAUAUGUGCACUUAAUCUGAAUCCUAUUGUUAGUUAGAAGAACCCCUGUACGUAGAGACUUUGACGUAGAUACUCAGUUGUUGUUUAAUGUCAGUGGAUUUUGUUAAAGACACACAAACUGUUAAGGAGAAUGAUUUAUUGUCCGUCAUUUCUUUGUUUUUAAUAAACGACUGACUGAUCUCUUGUGAA